AUCCGCGUCACAUCAUUUUGGCAUUCGAGAGAUCUGGCAUUGUAGCUCGGAGUCGGCACAGUUUCAGUAAUAGGGCAUUUUUGCGAUUGUUUUCCUAUUUUAAAGAAACAAGAAGUCAUCAUCAUGAACUCUCUGAACCAACAGUAUGAGGAGAAGGUGCGUCCCUGCAUUGAUCUCAUCGACUCUCUUCGGUCUCUGGGUGUGGAGAAGGACUUGGCGCUGCCAGCCAUCGCCGUGAUUGGAGACCAAAGCUCGGGGAAGAGCUCCGUGUUGGAGGCGCUGUCAGGGGUGGCUCUGCCAAGAGGCAGUGGCAUUGUGACAAGAUGUCCUCUCGAACUAAAGAUGAAGCGAAGGCGAGAAGGAGAGGAGUGGUACGGAAAGAUAAGCUACCAGGAAGAGGAGGUAGAAAUAGAAGACCCCGCAGAUGUGGAGAAAAUGAUUCGAAAAGCUCAGGAUGAAAUGGCUGGGGUUGGGGUGGGGAUCAGUGAUGACCUCAUCAGUCUGGAGAUCGCCUCUCCUGAUGUUCCAGACCUGACGCUGAUCGACCUGCCCGGCAUCGCCAGGGUGGCUGUAAAGGGACAACCAGAGAACAUUGGAGACCAGAUAAAGAGACUGAUUCAAAAGUUCAUCAAAAAACAAGAAACCAUCAGCUUGGUGGUUGUUCCAUGCAACGUGGACAUAGCAACCACAGAGGCUUUGAAGAUGGCCCAGGAGGUGGAUCCUGAUGGGGAGAGGACUCUAGGUAUCUUGACCAAGCCUGACCUGGUGGACAAAGGCACAGAAGAGACAGUGGUUGAUAUUGUCCAUAAUGAGGUCAUCCACCUGAAGAAGGGCUACAUGAUUGUCCGGUGCAGGGGUCAGAAGGAUAUCACAGACAAGGUGUCUCUGACUGAAGCAAUAGAAAGAGAGAAAGCCUUCUUCACCGAUCAUGUGCAAUUCCAAACUCUCUACAACGACGGCCACGCCACUGUUCCUAAACUGGCUGAGAAACUCACACUUGAGCUGGUGCAUCACAUUGAGAGAUCUCUGCCUCGACUGGAAGAGCAGAUAGAGGACAAACUAACACAGACCCAAGCAGAGCUGGAGAGAUACGGCACUGGACCCCCCACGGAUGCAGCUGAGAGACUCUACUUCCUCAUUGAUAAAGUGACAGCAUUCACCCAGGAUGCCAUCAGUCUGACUACAGGAGAGGAACUCAAGUGUGGAGACCGGUUCAACAUCUUUUCUGUACUCAGAAGAGAGUUUGGAAAGUGGAAUGCUCACCUGGACCUCUCCGGAGAAAAAUUUAGCAAUAGGAUUGAGAGAGAGGUGGAGGAAUAUGAAGAGAAGUACCGUGGGAGAGAACUGCCGGGCUUCAUCAACUACAAGACCUUUGAGAUUAUGGUGAAGGACCAGAUCAAAGAGCUGGAAGAACCCGCUGUCAAGAAACUCAAGGAUAUAGGAGAUGCUGUUCGAAAGGUGUUCAUACAGCUGGCCAUGAGUAGCUUCAUUGGAUUUCCUAACCUCAUUAAAACAGCCAAGGCAAAGAUCGAAGCCAUCAAGCAACAAAAAGAGUCCACCGCUGAAGCCAUGCUGAGAACCCAGUUCAAGAUGGAGCUGAUUGUUUACUCUCAGGACAGGACCUACAGCAGCAGUUUGGAUGACAGGAAAAAAGAGGCGGAUGAGGAUGAAGACAAACAUGAUUCCAUGUUAAAAUAUCCUAAUGAAAGGAGUAUUGUGUACAGCAUGGAUAAUCAUGCAACGCUCCAGGAGCUGAUGUUGCACCUUAAAUCAUACUACAAAAUUGCCGGCCAGCGUCUGGCUGACCAGAUCCCACUGGUGAUCCGCUACCAGAUGUUGCAGGAGUCGGCCGUCCAGCUGCAGAGGGAGAUGCUGCAGAUGCUUCAGGAUAGAGAGAAUUUGGAGUUCUUGCUAAAGGAGGAUUGUGACAUCGGCGGCCAGAGGGCAGCUUUACAGAGUCGCCUUAAGCGCCUCAUGAAGGCUCGCAAAUACCUGGUGGAGUUCUAGAUGAGGCAGCAUGAGUUCACUGUACUUUGUUCAUUUAGCAAAUAUAGUACAAUAGUGGUUGCAGGAUUACUAUAUUAUAUUUUGUUUACCGUGUCCAUUGUUAAAUGCACACAUAGGUUUUAGAUGUAAUAGCUAAGUCAAAACAGGUCAGUGUUUGGGGGGUGGUUUUAAUUGUACUGUAAUAUGUAGUCCGGUUAAAGAAUUAUGCCUGUUAUUUCACAAGGCAAAAGCAGAUCACAGUAGCACACUAUAUAGGUCACACCCUAGUUCAAUUCCUUACUGGGAACUUAUAUAAUAGAAAUAAAGAAUAGAUUAGAAAGAUUUUAUAGUCAUUGUAGUAAAUACAACGCAAUUAGGAGCAAUACUCCUGAUCGGUGCAAUACAAAACAACUGUCAAGAAGACAACAACUUAAGCAAAUAAACAGCCAACAACACAGUUCUAAACAUAAAUGUUUUAUUAUAUAUUAUUAUAACUUAUCCCCAGAAAAGAUUGACAUUGUGCCAAUAUGUUGGUGCUUUGUCAUUGUUUCCUGCUGAUCGCCCUUUAAACAAACCAGUAGUUAGUGUUUCUUAAUGUAUAAUUACAGACUUAAACACAAAUGAAUCUUUUUUUUAAAUACAUUUGUUCCAAUGCAUUUGUUUAAAUAAAGCAACUGAUUGACUUGAA